AUGACUGACAAUAGAAUUAUCGUGCAGGUCCCAGACCUAUUUCGCGGCUUUCUCAAAGAGGAACCUCAGCUCAACGCCUUCUAUGGGUCUAUCAGACCUGAGGCCGAAGAAGAGCUGUGCAGGAGGUGCGACCUGGACUCUGAUACACAAAGGAAGAUUGAGAAGUGCAACUUCGCAUUUUUCGCUGCAGCGAUGGUGCCAAGAGCGGAUCGGAAGCGAUACAAGCUCAUCUGCGAAUGGGGAAACUGGAUCUUCCCAUUUGACGACCUUUUCGAUGACGGGCCACUGCGUGAUGACCCAAAGCGCGCUCGGGAAAGCAUGAAUCGACUAUUAUCCAGCUUACGGAAGCCUCCGAACAGUGUAGUAGAGACAGAUUCGACGUGGUCUGCGCUCAUUUCCUUCCACGAUCAUAUAUACUCAGCUAUCAGAAUGGAUUCGACGGAUAUCGUGUCCAGGCGAUACGCAGAUGCAAUGACCGACUACUGUAUGGGAACACUCGAUCAAGUCGGCCAAUACGGAACCCUGCCUACAAUAGAUGAGAUGCUUGCCAUGAGACGUCGUUCCGUUUGCGUAAGGACUUUGUACGUACUGAUCGAGUAUGCUCAUGAAAUUCGAGUUCCAGAGAACCUUCACGAUAAUGCUCAUCUUUUAAACAUCGAGACAAUUGGCGUCGAUCUGAUAUUAAUGCACAAUGACAUACUUUCAUACCGAAAAGAGGAGUCAGAAAGUGUUCCUCACAAUCUUCUCGCAGUGUGUCGAAUGCACGGGAUGACAAUGCAACAAGCUGUUGACUGCCUCGAGCAUCAUAUAAGCGAAAGACACCAGCGACUGGAUCACACUAUUCAGAAUUUGCCUAGCUGGGGAGAGGAUAUCGACAAUGAGGUGGCUAAGUUUGUUCAGGCUGUGCAGAACACUAUCAAGGCAAAUUUGUAUUGGAGCUUCAAAAGCGGUCGCUUCUUAAGUGAAGAGAAGAGGAUUCGACUGAAAGAGUCAGGAGAGCUCGACGUGCUUGCACUUCCACGAUUUUUGAGACUCGCACAUACCGAGCACCAUAAAAAUGAAGGAGAUGGCCGCGAGGAGCUAGCACAGGGACUUAUCGAUAUAGACGCUCUAAAAAGAAUCCUGGCUUCAGUAUACCGGGCUGUACGUACCGUCAUGGGCGUCGGUUGGCAUUGA